CUCAACUCGACUUGGUCGCAUACCGCUAUCGACCAUGUAACCGCCACGGGCGCCCCUCAUUGCCAGCUGAAGGAUCGGAUCACGAAAUAGACUGGUGAGCAGACGACCUUGCUGCCUGCUGCCUUCUGUCUAUCCUGGAUGCCGACUUGCGGCUGAGAAGUUGGUACCAGCAGCCGCCCGAGACUGACGGACGCUGAUCAAGCGCUUUAUUGCCUGUCUUUCAUUCCUUUGCGCUCUCUUCCAUUCUUUUUGUCCAUUUGCUUCUGUUUCACCACGCGCUUGCCCACAGUAAGACUCUUUCUCUCCCUCUCUCUUUCUCUCUCUCCUCUCCUUGGAUGCAAGAUAUAACAGAACAGCUUGGCCGAAUCCUGCUGCUUGCCACUCACCGGGCUCUGACUCACAUUCCCAUCCCUGCGCCGCCAUCUGCUUCCCGCUCAUUGUACUACUUCACAAGAUAAACCACUAUUGCGUGAGCACGACCUAUCAGCAGGAUGGCGAACUACUGGGGCGACGAGUCCUUCGACGUCUACGGACGACCGCUCCAUCGACGGCCUUCUCCACAACACAUGCGCAGCGAUAGCACUUACUUGUAUCCAGGUGUUGGCGGCGGACUUCACCGAAGCAGAUCCACUGGAGCUAAGCCCAUGCCAACGAUCAACGUCUACAAUAAGAUGUAUCAGGACCAUGAGAACAGAUCACCAUCACCCAUGCCUCCAUAUCCCCAACAGCCGACUCAACAGCCGACUCCACAGCCGCAAUAUGUUCCUUACCCCCAGUACAUUCCGUAUCCCGUUGUGGACCAUUCGCGACAUUCAUCUCCGCGUGGAUCGCCAGCAGGACGAGGGCGAAGCAGAAGUAGAGGUUUUGCAGAAGGCGUAGACGGGCUACUCUCGGCUGAGCUUGCAGAUAUGGCGCUCGAGCACCGCUAUGGGCGAUCACGGUCGCGAGGGCGAUCAGAUGCGCCGGCAUACGACCACUCGCACGCGGGGUAUGUCGAAGCUCAGCUGGUAGCGCAAAAGAAGGAGCUGCGACGACUUUCUCAAGAGAGGCAAAUGCAGCUGGAGGAGGAAAAGAUCCGAAACAAGAUCAAGCUCGAGACUCUGGCUGCGGAGGCUAAGCGCGACCGUGAAGAGCGUGAGGCUGAAGAGCGAAAAAAGCGCAUUGAAGCAGACUGGGAGCGCAAAAUCCGCGUAGAUCGCGAGGAAAAGGAAGCUGCCGAGAAGGCGGCAGUGGCAGAAUACGAGCGCAAGCAGCGCGAAGCCAAACAAAAGGCAGAAGACGCCGAGCGUGCACUGAAGGAGAAGCUGGAACGUGAAGAUCGCGAGCAGAAAGAGAAGGAUAAACAGCAGUAUGAAGAAUUCAAGAGGAGGGAGAAAGAGAAGGAAGAGAAGGAGAAGCGCGAAUGGGACGAAUUUGAGCGUAAGCGCAAGGAGAAGGAGGAGAAGGAGAAGCAGGAAAAAGCGGCGCAAGAAAAGGGAUUCCAAGAUGAGAUGCGAAACCGCCUCCGAGCACUGGGUUAUACCGAACAAACGAUUGAAAUCAUGGUCGACAAGGAGAAGGCGAAAAACUUCCAAGAUGAAGUCAAGUCUCGGCCACGCAGCCACGAUCGCUGCACCACAAUUACACGCAUGUCACCUGUGGAAUGGCAUGCCCCUGUACGAGCUCCCGUCUACCCGAAAGUUCACAAAGACUACAUUGAGCUCAAGACGUUGGAAUAUUACCAGCUCCCCUGGCACUACGAUCGCAAUGACCCCGACUUCAUCAUCAUCCAACGUGAUAUGGACAAGAGACAUACCGACGUGUUAUUCGAGCAUACGGCGAGAAUCAGAAAAGGCGUAUUGCUGCUGAAGCCUGCGAAGAAACAACCCAAGCUCGCCAUGUACAGAAAGCGAUCGCGGAGCAGGCAUGAUUAUGGCGCUGUGAUUGAAAAGGGUGUAUUGAGAAUGGCUUGAGCGAACGAAUUUGGAAAGCUUUGUCGGUUGGCUGGCUGGCUGGCAUCGUCAUAUUACCACUGGGCAGUGAGUCGAGUAGUUGGUAUGGCCAUUGAUUGUUCCUCCUGCUAGUAAUAAUUACAAUCUCACAAACUUGAUUCCGAAAUGCGGUUCCAAUGACAGAAGAUUGACCUAAUAGAUUGUGAAAUGGAAAUCUCUUGUGAGCGACCACUAGGCUGGCUGGCUCGUCUCUCUCUCUCUC